AGCAGAAGUCUAUAGUAACUCCGUCACAGGCUCCUGCACCACCCAGUUACUCUCAGUCACCUGUCUCUGAUAAAGAUACAGCUCUGCAUUCUAACAGCUUUUUAUCCUGGUGCCUCCAUGGGAUUUUAGCAGCUCUGCAGUAGUUUUUUUUUUUUUUAAAUAGAAUUUUUGGGAGCUAGCUCUCAGGACUGGACUAUCAUUGACAUGGCUAUUAACACAGAUGCUCAGUACGAGAAGGAGCAGAGUGGCUCAGGUAACGCCUUGCCUGCAGACUCCCAUGAAACUGAGAAGCUUCUCACAUUUGUCUCAGAUGGUAAGGAGGAGAACGGCAUGAAAAAGUCCUUCUCUGUGACCAUGUCCAGUGAGAAGUCCAUGGCAGACCUAGAUCAGAAUGGGCACAGUCUUCCCUAUAAGUCUGUGUCUGCAGGACAGCUGGAGUCAGCCCCCCUUUCGCCAUCCAGAGCCAGCCUUGCCAGGGCUUCAUCUACAGCAACCACCACCGCCCAGGACCAGGGCAGACCAACCGAUUAUCUGGUCCUGGCCAUCUUCUCCUGCUUCUGCCCUGUUUGGCCAGUCAACAUAGUCGCACUGGUGUUCUCUAUCAUGUCACGAAACAGUUUGCAGCAAGGGGAUAUGGAUGGAGCUCGAAGAUUAGGAAGACUUGCCAGGCUACUGAGUGUUGUGUCCAUCUUACUGGGGAUUGUUAUUAUUAUUCUCUGCAUCCUCAGCUUUACAGUUUUCAGUUGAGAUGUUGCAUAGUGGGACAUCCGGACAUGGCCUGCCUUUCCUUCACACACAUUUUUUUAACCUCCUCACUGCAAGAAAAUCGUAAAUUUUCAAGGAUUGCUGGAGGAUGGAGCAGGCCCAGCUCUUCCUAAAGUCCAAGGGAUUGCAUGCAGCACUUUAUAACCCCUUGGGAGUCAAGAGAUGGAGUUCAGCAGCACACAACGUGAAGGACUUACUAUAGUGGAGUAGAGAGAUGCCCGGAGGAUUCUCCCCAACAGUAAAAGCUGAGAUUGGACAAGUGUGGAGGAGCAUCCUGGGAUUGGCACUCAGGUGACGGCACAAAUCAUGUUUUUAUUCCCAGCUUUUAUAUCAAAGGAAUGAAAGCUAUUGUCUGUAUUAAAUAAUAAAGCUGAAAACUGCCAUAAUAGGGUUGCAAAUAGUAAAAGACCGUAACACAGAAAGACGCUGUCUCCCCAUGUUUUGGAUGAUGAUGCUUCCUCGCUGACAAAUGGACUUUUAAUCUCUCUUUUUUUUUUAAAUAUAUUUUUGAUGAGCAAUUUGAAAACAAAUGUAGUCUUAUGCAUGGUGGUGCUUCUCUGUUGCAGGAAUCAACGCUUUUCUUUUGUUUGUAUUAUGCUGGACACUAAAACAUAGUCUGUAAUGCUGCUUACAGAAUACCGCGCACACACAUUCUAGAGAUAUCGGUGAGGGGUAUUUUAUUGGUUGUUAAAAAGACGCUGGCCUAGACUCUCCAUUCAGAAAGUGUCUCACAUUCUGCUAUCAUGAGGAGCAAAUUUACUAGGUAGGGGGCCGGCUUCUCUCUGGAAAGCCAUUCAAUUUUUUAGGUUACUGUCACACAAACUGAGUUGGUUUUGUAUCCUAAACACUGAAAAUCUUGUAUUCAUUUUAGUAGUGAUUUUAUUUUUAAAUUUUUUUAUCUGUAUCAUGCUUGGCAUUUAUAGAAGAGUCUCAUUUGUGCUCCAUCUCAUGACAGCUAGUUUGUUGGAUGAAAAUCACACACAUGAUAGGCUGAAUAUAAAGUUACCUGCUUUAGUUAAUCUAGUUUACUGGUGAUUAGAAAUUAUCUACCCAUGAUAUCCUGCAGUUAUGUCUGCUCUCUACAAAUCAAAUACUACCAUGCUCACAUAUUAUAUAGACUAAUGUUCUGGGUUAAAGGUAUAAGAAACACACAUUUUUUUCUUUCAUGAUUUAGAUAGAGUAUGCAAUAUUAAGCAACUUUCCAAUUUAAGAAAAUUUUCUUGGUAUCUUUAUUUGAAAAGAAGGAAUGCUUAAGAGAUGGUCCAUUUCUGGUUCAGAACCCUGGGUAGCACUUGCUGAUUGGUCGCUAUAAUGAUGCCAAGACAAUGAAGAAAUAUUGAUAAUAGGAGUAAAUGAGAAAGUUGCUUAAAAUUGCAUGCUCAAUCUGAAUCAUGAAGGACCCCCCCUCCCAAGAGGCAACCAUUUCAAAUAUCAUAGAGGGAGCUUGGAUAUGUCUGAAGAAAGCAUGUUGGAUACAUGUAUCUGUUACCCCUUUUAAUAUUUCUGUUGUGCCCUAUCAAGUAUUUCACCUGAAUUACAUUUGUAUAGAAUCAUCUUAGGCAACUCCACACUUCUUCUAUUCUGCCCUGUCAGUUCUAUUACCCCCUUUUCUUUCUGGAACAUAUUAGUAGUAUUAUGGCUUUCAAGCUUUAGUUAGGCUAAAUUGGAAAUAAUAUCUAGUAUUUAAUUAAUAUACUUAUAUUAAGUUAAUAUCAUAAAUCAUGACUAUUAAUGAAAGGGGUUAUUUUGGAUUAAAUAUAUUAAAAUUGUACUAUUUUUUUACAAACAUAAUGCAAUCAUAGCUACUCUAUUAAUUAAAUGAUGGUGUAUGUGCUGUUCAAAUUGCACAUGUUUUAUUAAAUAUUUGAGUGUA